AUGUCCGACGAAGCUCAAGAACUUAGAAACAGACAGGCCACCUUCGCCAAAGAACUGCACGGUGACGACGUCGGCUCGAAGACAGGGCUGAAAGCGCUGUUGUCCAAGAACAGAGAGGCACAGAAGGAAGCUGUGACCAAGUACCUGCGCCACUGGGACGGUAAGACAGACAAAGAGGCCGAGCAGCGUCGUCUCGACGACUACAACGAGGCCACGCACUCGUACUACAACGUGGUGACAGAUUUCUACGAGUACGGCUGGGGGUCUUCAUUCCACUUCAGCCGCUUUUACAAAGGAGAGAGCUUCACGGCCAGUGUUGCCCGUCACGAGCACUACCUUGCGUACAAGGCCGGGAUCAAGGCCGGAGACCUUGUUCUGGACGUCGGCUGCGGUGUAGGCGGGCCUGCGCGCGAGAUCGCUCGCUUCACAGGUGCGAACAUCAUCGGUCUCAACAACAACGACUACCAGAUCGCUAAGGCUAAGCACUACGCGAAAAAGUUCAACCUCGCGGACCAGCUAGACUUUGUCAAGGGCGACUUCAUGAACAUGCAGUUCGAGCCAUCCACUUUCGACAAGGUGUACGCCAUCGAAGCCACCUGCCACGCUCCUAAGCUUGAGGGCGUGUACAGCGAGAUCUACAAGGUCUUGAAGCCCGGCGGAGUGUUUGCUGUGUACGAGUGGGUCAUGACCGACAAGUACGACGAGAACAACCCCGAACACCGUAAGAUCGCCUACGAGAUCGAACUCGGCGACGGUAUCCCCAAGAUGUACCCCGCGCAGGUCGCGCGUGACGCUCUGAACAAUGUCGGUUUCGAGAUCCUUCACGACCAGGACCUUGCCGACUCGGACGAUGAGGUCCCAUGGUACUACCCGCUUACCGGUGAGUGGAAGUACGUGCAGACCUUGAGCGACCUUGCCACCUUCUUCCGUACCUCCUUCAUUGGCCGUAAGUUCACUACCACGAUGGUCACUGUCAUGGAGAAGGUCGGUGUCGCGCCAAAGGGUUCCCGCGACGUCACUCUCGCUCUUGAGGAGGCCGCUGUCGGCCUGGUCGCCGGUGGCAGAGAAAAGCUUUUCACCCCUAUGAUGCUCUUCGUCGCCAGAAAGCCAGAGGACCAGUCUGAGAGUAAGUCCAAGGACAAGUCCAAGAAAUAA